AAACCCCACCACCAAGGAUGCUUUGGUUUGCAGUCAAGCUUUGAAUAAAGCUGACAUGCUGACAGGAAGUAAAGCAUCUUGUGGAUGUUGAAUUUCACAAUAAGGCUGUGAAAUGAGUUCCUCACGAGAGUUAAAACAUGACCCCGCUGCACGAUACCAGUGUGACCAAUGUGGAAAGAGUUUCACCCGCUCCAGUAAUUUCAAGACACACCUGCGCAUCCACACUGGAGAGAAGCCAUACCAAUGUGAACAAUGUGGGAAGAGUUUCAGUCAGUUGGGUAAUUAUAAGACACACCUGAAUGUCCACAUCGGAGAGAGGCCAUACCAGUGUGACGAGUGUGGGAAGCGUUUCAGUCGCCAGUUUAACUACAAGCAGCACCAGUCUGUCCAUAUUCAACAAAAAUCAAACUGGUGUGAGAAAUGUGGGAAAGGUUUCAGUCAAGGUAACUAUAUCCGACACAUGCGUAUCCACGCUGAGGAGAAGCCGUAUUGCUGUGACCAAUGUCACAAGAGUUUCAGUAAUCCACAUUCAUAUAAGAGACACCAGCUUUGCCACACUGAUGAGAGGCCAUACCGCUGUGACUAUUGUGGAAAGAGUUUCAAGCGCUCAGGUGCUUACAAGAUUCACCUUCGUGUCCACACUGGAGAGAAACCAUACUGCUGUGACAAGUGUGGGAAAACUUUCCACCGCUCAAGUAUCUACAAGCAACAUAUGCGGAUUCACACUGGAGAGAAGCCAUACUACUGUGACCAGUGUGGGAAGAGAUUCAGUCAGCUAAGUAUUUUCAACCAGCACCAACGUAUUCACACCGGAGAGAAACCAUAUAGGUGUGAACAGUGUCAGAAGCAUUUUAGUCGUUCAAGUUAUUUCAAGGUGCACCAGCGUAUCCACAGUGGAGAGAAAUCAAGCUGGUGUGACAAAUGUGGGAAAGGUUUCACUCAGCUUGGUAGCUACUACCGACACCUCCGUAACCACAGCGGAGAGAAACCAUACAAGUGUGAAGAAUGUGGGAAAGCUUUCAGCCAGGCAUUUAGUUACAACCAGCACCAGCGUGUCCAUACUGGGGAGAAACCAUACUGGUGUUCAAAGUGUAAGAAAUUGUUUGCUUGGUCUGAGUCUUUGAGGAACCACCGCUGUGUGGGAACAGAUAAAGAGAGCUGAACAGUUUCAUUUUCUGCUUAAAAUAAUCAAGUAAAAGUCUAUUUAGCACUUUUAAUAUCCAGAGUAACACAUUAACACAAAGCUGAUGAAAGCAUUGGAAUAAAGACAAGAGAUCGUUAAUAACAUGCUUUGACAGUAAAUGGAUUUUGAGAUGAGACUUAAAACAAACAACAGAGUUUACUGAUCUAAUGUCAGCAGGGACACUGUUCCACAAUCUAAGAGCCUGAAUAGAAAAGCUCAGUCACCACGAGUCUUGAACUUUGAGUGGGUCACAAACCAGGAGCUCUUGUUCUGAUCACCUAAGAAGCCUGGUGGACCUGUAAUGGAUCAGCAGCUCAUUAUUAUGUAUGGUGGAGCUGAAUUUAACUGGAAGCCAGUGUAAAAGAGCCAGCAUUGGAUUGAUAUGGGAAUGCCAUUAAGUAUUAGUAACCAUGUAGGAUAAUGUUCAGCUAAAAGAAGCUGUCAUCUGGGCUUGGAUGAUUUGUUGGAAUGUUAACAGGCAACACAGUUUGGGAAUGGUAAAUGAAAAUAACAGUCAAACAUGGUUUCUGGAAACGUUUAGUUAGAAUCCAAGGAACCUGAAUAUGAUUUGGUGCAAACGCCAGGACUUCAGUUUUUUUGUGAUUAAAAAGCAGGAACAUGAUCGAAUAUGAUGAUAGCAGCUCUUAAAUCUGUAUGUAAAGGUCCCACAAUUCCCCUGGAACAAGUUGUCCUUUGUGAUUAUAAGGAGCUGUCUCUAUGCUGUGCCUUUGAUGGAAAUCAAACUGGAAUUUGUCAAAUAAAUAAUUUUCCUAUAGGAAAUCCAAAAGCUGCUUGCAAACAAAUUCAAAAACAAAUAUCCUUCUUGCCUGGCUACUCAGUUUGGCUGAGCUAUUGAAGCCACAGCAGAGCUUUAACAGUUCUCAACCGCUCAACAGCUCUCAACAGUUUCGUGACAGAGGUCUACAGAGAGUUUGUUGGAUUUGGCUUGGUUUUUGUCCUUACAUGUAGGGUGAAUUGUGGGACUUUCACAUACAUGAUAUAUGAUAGGAGAUAUCAGCUUUAGAUUUUUAAUAAAUUUGCUAGAUUUUCUAUCAUUAUGGAUUAAAUGUAGGCUGAUGAAAAGGACAAUUUUAUCCAAUUAAAAUUAAACCUACAACACGGGUUGUGCAGUUAGAGAAAGGGUUUAAAUAUUUUCUGAAGCCACUGUAUGAGUUGACUCUAGUCCACUGGGUACAGCCGUGACUGCCUCAUCUAUGUUUUGUUUUAACAAAUAAAAUAAGUAUAGUUAGUCAGGCUUUGUUUUAUUCAAGUUGCGAUUUUCCAGCAGUAUAGCUGUGAUCCAAGUUGAAGGGAAGUAAUCUUUUUGUUAUAUUUACUUGAUUUGGCUUCACCCACAGCCCUGUCCUUUGUUUACUGGCUUCAGUUCCCUCAGUUGUGUCAUUUUGUAUUUGAUCUGAAGUCUGCAAAUCUAAGCAUUGUCCUCUAAACAAUAAAUGGCACAGAUUUCCUGAUUACAUCAGCAUUGUUGCUUUAUUUACCUCAUCAUUUCCCACCGAGGAGUUCAUUUCAGAACUGGGCCUGCUCAGCUCAGACUCUGUCCCCAGAGAGAGGCUUUGUCA